AUUUCAUGUGGGACUACAUACGGUUGCGAAACCUGUGUGGUCGUCUGCAAUCUAAUGACGUUCUGUGUUAGUGCAAGAGCCCUAAUAAUAGACGAGAGUGUAAACAGGCACUGCCCAAUAACAGCUCGAUAUCCUGCCGGAUACGCGAUUGUAGUAUGAUAAAAUAUAAUUAUUGAGGAGCCGAAUUUCGCAAACGUUGAAUACAUCACAGCAAGUUUAUUUUGAAUUAUGAUCACAAGAACUUUACUUCCGGUAGUGCUGGUUGGGCCUAAAAGAUCGUCAUCUGAAAUGUCAUUCACCAUGUAAUUUCAAAGGUUAUAAAAUCCUCACGCAUUCCACUGCUAGCAAGUUGAUCGAUUAUAUGUGUGAUGUGAUGUUCUCGAAACAGGACUACAUUGCCGGUGAUGGAGACGAAACUACCGAAUACAUGCGGAUUAGAAUUCAAAUAACGAAUGAGUCAAACGAAAGGCAAAGGCUAGCUGCUUCGAAGCAAAAUUGAAGAGAACUGAGUAUUUUAGGAAACACUAAAAAGCCAAAAUUAAACGUUAAUUAGCGAAACACAACACUUUAUAAAUUUUAUCAUCGGACGAAGACUUCACUUCUAGAGCACAAAAAUCAAAUUGAACAACUGAGGAUUUGAUCUCUUGCGUUAUUGAAACUGUAGACUAAUGAAAUGUUAAAUAAGGCACAAAAGCUAAUAUUGGGGAUAGUUUUGUUGGUGCUUGUCGACAUUAUUUGGGUAUCAUCGAGUGAGUUAACGAAGUUUUUGUACGAAAAUGAGAACUACGAUAAGCCAUUCUUUUGUACAUACUUUAAGGCAUCAAUGUUCACAGUUUACUUGGUGUUCCUGGGGCUUAUUGCGCCAUGGAAGGAGAGCUGCAAUCGGAACGGGAACUAUGCGUUGAUGGAAGCCACAGAAGAGGAUGAUAAUUUCUACGGAAAUGGAGCCUCAAGUUUGAGCGAUUCAUCCUUUGUUCCUAUCAAAACGGAAGCUCAGGUGUCUGGCACCGAGAGUGAUGAUUCCAGCAUACGUAGCGUUCGGUUCAGCAAGGUAGCCGAAGUUCGCGAGAUGUCUCCCCAUGAGGCAACAGAGGCGCUCAUGUCACGACUCUCGUAUGCUGCCAGUUUGCGUGUGCGACGCCAGAAAACACACCACAAAACUGCACGAACGGCACUAAUGUUUUCGAUUCUGUGGUUUAUUGCAAACUACAUGUUUCAGCUAGCAUUAGAACCAAGUGAAACGGCCAUGGUGACGUUGCUGAGUUCCACUUCCAGCUUUUUCACGCUGAUUUUGGCCGCAAUGUUUCCAUCGUCAUGUGGCGAUAAGCUCACCGUGUCGAAAAUAUUCGCUGUGCUGUUCAGUAUCGCAGGGGCUGUCAUGGUUUCAGUCUCAGAGAUCAAUGAACCCAAGAUGUCCCGAGGAAUCGUAUUGGCAAUAACGAGCGCGUUCUUCUAUGCCUCGUAUUUGGUGCUAGUCAAGCGGAAGAGUGACACCGAGGAAAAGAUAAAUAUUCCAUUAUUCUUCGGUUUUGUUGGAAUGUGGAAUCUUUUACUGCUGUGGCCACUACUUUUCGUACUUAAUUUUUCUCAGCUGGAAGUAUUCGAACUACCUACGCGGAAGCAGUUUUUGGUACUGUUUCUGAACGGGCUUAUCGGAACUGUGCUAUCCGAAGCCCUGUGGUUGUGGGGAUGUUUCCUCACUUCGUCACUCAUCGGCACGGUUGCAAUCUCGCUACAAAUUCCGAUGGCGAUGCUGUUCGACAUGGUUCUGCAUGGGAAGACUUACCCACUGAUGUUCUAUCUCGGCUCGUUGCCGAUGUUUCUGUCGCUGGUGUUUGUAGCCUUCCUGGUGAAGUUUGAUGACUCGGAUCCCCUGCUCAAGUUUUUCAAGAUGAUUUACCGACGGAUUCGACACUGUCGGAAAGCGAACAUUGUACGAAUUCCUGACCUAGAGGAACAGCAUGAGUCGUUGAUUGACGAUAGCCACGAAAACUAGCCGGAGGAGCCGGUUUGUUUGGAGUCAUUCCAGUGAACGUUAUGUACAGUUCGAAGUGGGGUAGGUAUGUAAAUGUCUUUCCAUAAUGGAUAGAGUGACAAUAGGAAUUGCAGAAGCCGUCUGUGUUUUAGUUUUUUUUAUGUUCUGAUGAUACUGUUAUUGUUUUAGACGUAUUAAGUUAAGUGAAAUAUUGAUGGCUUUCGAACAAUUAAAUUGAGAGGCAUAUUCACGAUUUGUUUUCUUUUCUAUAGACUGUUGAUUUUCAUACCCUUUUGGAUAACAGAACAAAUAUCUUCGUUGAUUAUUAUAACACUUCUAACUGGUUUUGUUUGAUACACCGUCCGCGUUUUGGAAAAAAGCAAUGCCGUACAAACUGUUAGCCCUCAAUUGCAUUUACAUUUACAUAGUUUUGCAACUUAGUACAAACUAUUCUUCGGAAUUCUCUAUUGCCCAGUAUGAGAAAGCAAACGGCAUACAAAAAUUACUUUUUUUUUCGGAACAUAAUUGAAUCGAAAGGUGAUUGGCUCUACAAGCCUUAUGACAAAUGAACUUGUUCGGUUGUUUCUGGUUUACUCACAAGAAGUUUUAAGUUUGUAUGUGAUAUAUAUGAAAAGCCGGUAAUGAAAAAAAUGAAGGCAGUAAAUUAUGCUACUAUCAUCUUGUGCAUCCCAAAAUUCUUAGACGAAUAUUUGAAGGAGUAAGGAUCAACAUCACCGAAGACUGUGAAUGGAUCCGAUUUUGUAGUAAAAGACUUCUAAUUGAAACUUGUAUAAUGUAAAGUUAUAUAUCUUUCUUGCGCAUGCUCAGAAUGUAAUAUUUUUAAAAUUCUUUUGACCCUCGAAGGUAACUCCGGCAACAUCCAAUCAAUAUGCACAUUCAGCAAAGCUAUUCGUAGUAAAAUAAGAUAGGCGCCCUUUAGUUCUGAGGCAUGUAGAGUCACUGUGGGAUUUUUCAUUGAAUUUUGAAUUAAAUUUCAGAUUUCCAUAUAUUACCCAUGUAGCCUUGAACACUCUUGUGAGUGAACUAAACGUAUCGUAAAAAGCUCAUAUUAGGCAUAUAGUUUGUGGAGCAAAUCACCAUUAGCAAUAUUCCGAAAAAAGGCAUGAGCGUUGCUGAAAGCAGCAAGGUAAUUCGAAUAUAGGCUAACAUGUUUAUAAAAAUUGAAGGACGUCAAGCUUCAGGAAAGUUAUCUCCCAUUUCGGCCCGUUUAAAAAAUUUUCGUCAAACGUUUCGAAAACGAAUUACAGUUCCGCCAAAAAGUCUUUGCCCACCCACCAAAUAUGAUAAAUUGAACACAAUAUUUUUCAAAUUGCUUGUUCAAAAAAAUCAGUCACUAGAUUUAGAAUGGAGUUGUAGAUUCAUCAAAAUGUUUAAUUCUUAUAAGGACAUUUUAAAACAUCGGCGUUUUUUGAUAAAUUAUUGAAACAUUGUCAGCCUCAGUAAGGAGCAGUAAUAUUCUGUGACAAUGUGAAAAGAUAAAUCGUGGAUGUAAUCAAACGCACUACAGAAAUCGUAUCAUCAAAUUCCAAUAUUCUCCAGGAGUUUGUUUGCUAAAUGUGGUUCACGUAUAUAAAUAGGACCAUUACCUUGCUAUUAAACAUGUACCUGUCGUCUGGAUGAUGAAAUGCGAUGAUCAAACUAAUUUGCAUUCAACCAUCGAUCCAUCAUAUUACAAACGUUUACUAGAUCACCGACUUCAAACAGUCAUCGAACUUCCUCUGCGUUUAACGAAAGGCACACUAUUCUACUCUUUAUUUAACCUGCGUCAACGUGCGGUUUAGAUCUGAACUCCUCAUAUUUAGACUAAUUGAUUCAUAAACACUUAGUAGUACAGUAUUUUAUUUACGUGGCCUUCGAUUUAAAUUCUUUCAUGAUCUUUUACACUGACUCAAUUGUUCAAGGUGUGGCAACGCAUUUUCUGGCGGUACUGUAUUUGAUUAGAGACUAUCAGGCUACUUGCUUUCGUUGGUUUUUUUUAGGAUCCUUGGCUUUCAGUUUCAAUUGGUCUUAGAUCUUAGAGAUAAAUGUAAAAAAUAAUUAAAAGAGCCUUUUCUUUAUACACAUAAGAACAUCAAGUUGUCAGUGCUAGUUAUUACUUUAUAUAUGAUAUAUGUACAAGUCUUAGAUAGAUAUAGUUUAAGCACAAAUGACGCAUUUCAGAAAUGUUUUCUUUGAAACUUAGUAACUAGGGUUUGAUGUCUACAGCAAACAUGAUAACAUAGGCAAAUCUUAGCCCACAAUUUAGGCACCAUACGAGUAUUCGAAUACAUCAAAUGUAUAUUUUUGUGCAAAAGAAAUUACCUAUUCUCCUAUAAAUGUGUUUCCCUAUCAUUCCGUUGUCCAAUUUCCUCAGUUGACUAAACUAUUCCUAUUGGCCAUUGAAGUUCACUUAUUACGAUAAGCACUUAUUCCCAUACUUAUGGUAAUUAUGUCUACAGUUCUCUAGGCAAUACACUCGAAAUGUAUGCAACUGUCAGUACAUAUUGAGUAAAAAAGCAAGUUUAACCUAUAGCACGUAGGAACUUCACAUUAUACACCCAGCCACAUUCCUAUUUAGGUUAGGUUCUCGAAAAAAGUCUUAUUUGUGAUAACCUAGGUAUGAUAUACGGUAAAUAGAGUAUUAUUCUAGCGAAUAGAUAAUUUGGUUUUACCCGUGCUAGCGAGAGUUAACUUAUACUCAAGAAACAAAAGCUGAUGAUGGCAAAAAGAUCACCCAAAGUGUGUCUCUCACUGCAAAAGACUAAUGAUUCACGAACAAUAAUAUAACAGAACCCGAUUUGCAAAUAGAGAAUCUGAAUUAAAAAAAAAUCCACACAAGAACUUUCAGAUCUUACACCAAUAAGAA